UGUUUCUUUGGCAAAACCAUAUUUUUCUCAUCAAUUCUUCCGCAAGGGGAACUGAAUGCUGAGGGGGACCGGGUGCUGGUGGCGAAAGGAGGAUCUGGAGGCACUCCUUACACUGGCUUUGAGCCCAAGAAAGGCCAGGCCAAACACAUUAGGCUGGACCUCAAACUCAUUGCCGAUCUGGGCCUUGUAGGGUUUCCAAAUGCAGGAAAGUCAUCCCUCCUCACAGCCUUAUCCAACGCCUCACCUGAGAUUGCCAGCUAUGCUUUCACAACUUUACGGCCUGAGAUAGGCAAGCUGAUGUACCAAGAUUACAAGCAAAUCUCACUUGCAGAUCUGCCGGGACUGAUCGAAGGGGCUCACAUGAACAGAGGCAUGGGCCACAAGUUUCUGAAGCACGUAGAACGGACCAAACAGCUGCUGUUUGUGGUGGAUGUAAGUGGUUUCCAGCUGGCUAGUAAAACACCGUUCAGAUCUGCUUUCGAAGCUGUGCAGCUCCUUACUAAGGAGCUGGAGCUGUACAAGGAGGAGCUUGUGUCAAAGCCUGCAUUAUUAGCAGUUAAUAAGAUGGACCUGCCUGAUGCUGAGGACAAACUAGAAGAACUGAAAGAGCAGCUGCAAAACCCAGAGGAGUUCACUAAUUUGCUCCCAGAUGACAUGAUCCCCAAUCACUUCAUAACAUUCAGACACGUGAUCCCCGUUUCUGCCCUCACCGGGUUUGGCGUCGACCAUCUGAAGAGCUGCAUCCGACUCUCGCUGGAUGAGUGCGCCACCAGGGAAACCAGCACCGAGCAUCAGGAGAAGCUGGAAGCAUUGAGGCACCAAUACCAGGAAGCGUUUGUGAGAAACGUGGACAAAAAUCUCCCUCUUUUAAAGGGAGUCGGCAGGACGCAGUGAGAGAUGUCUGGAGCAAACCGUCCAGCAACAGCUUCAAUGGAGGGAAUAUUGCCUACAUGUCCAGAAUGCAGGCCUGUUUCUUCUUUCUGCUGCAAAGCGAUGCAAUAUUCAUACAAGAUUCACAAACAUUAAUAUCAUAUUGAUGUGUAAACUUUAAAGCUGCUUUGAUACUAAGUGUAUGACGGAUAACUUUGCAUUGAAAACAACUGUAAUUGAGGAUUAGUCAUGUUUGAUUGAUCCCGACUUAACAAACUUGUGUUUGAAUGAAAGUUUUAUUUUGUAUUAAAUAUAUUACAAUACUUAACGAUAAAGAGAAAAAAUAAGUGGUCUGAUUUUUGCAUCAAUAGUCUGUACAGCACACAGGUAAAAAUAAUAAUAAAAAAAGAACUGCAGUGUUCCUGGAGUUGAGGGCAGACGGGUCUGGCCAGACAGGAGCACAACGAAGUACUUUGUCUGCUCGAGUACACAAAUACAUUCAAAGCUUCUGGCCAGAGAGGGAGUCCACAGCUCAUCUGGAGGAUUUGACACUGUGUCCUGUUUGGAUUGGUCAGUCCAGCUGUCUGUGCAGGCUGAAUCCACAGACAGGUGGGAAGGAGACCCUCCCUGCAGCCUGCAUGGUCCUGCCCCUCACAGACUGUGCUCCCAGGGCUGUGCAGUGCAAAGUCCAGGACGCCACAACAAAUGUUUUCAUCCAACACAGUGUUAUUGUGUUAAAACGUUACUCAGCAACUCUAAAGAGGAGGCUUGCCUCAGGAAAAAGGAGCGCAAAAAAAAAAAAA